AUUCUUGUAAUACGAACUUUAUACUACUAUGCCUUUUUGUUAACAAUUGUUUUACAAGCCAGAAUGGAGUUAUCUGUAAACAAUCUCUCUAUCUUGCUUCUGCUAUAUCAUAGCUGAAGAUUAAACGUGCGGCUUCAAUACGAGAACGCUUACAUUUUUCCGUAUAUAUAUAAUAUUAUUAUUUAUUCUACAGCUAUUUAACCUCCGGAGAAAAUAUUAAUACUUCAACAUAAGUAGCAAGCGCAUUCAAACAAGUCAUAGCUACAUUAUUUCUUUGCCAUCUGAUUUCUCCGCUCGCUUUCAACCCUCUAUUGUGCAAUACACUUUCUAGUAAAUGUUCCGUGCCCAAUUAUUUAUUGUCUUAUCGGUAUAUUUUGUAAAAGACCAUCGGGAAACCCAAAACCGCCUGGCCAUUUUGGCCACCGCGCUUGACAGAAAGUGUUUCUUAGUUCAGGAAGACCGUACUGAGUAAGUAUCAUCAUAUCGUCACCAUUAACUCACACUCCUAACCUGUUAUACGGAUCGCAAUGCCCCAAGGGCGCAUGGAUUUUGGCAUUAUCCCUCAUAGAAUCCGGUUUAGAAUCUUCCCAAGCAGAGCUUCUCAUAUUAACAGCGUCUCCACCAGGCGUAGAAUUCCAAAUAAGUGUUCUUCGACAAACUUCGGAGCUAUACACACCUGUAAGGCUUUUCUGCUGUCCUUUGCCCCAACAACUGCGUCCAACAGAGCAGCGGCUUGCGUGUCUAUGCUAUUAUCUUAUUUUUGACCCCAUUAGAUUAACGAUCUCACGCAGGUGCAAGGAUGAUACAAAACAACCGUUUGCCGUAAGGAGCUUAGGUGACGUCUGUGGUCAGUACCUAUUGGUUGAGUCUAUAAUGUCUGUAAAUUAAGUCUUCUAGUUUACUACCUCCUGGUACUGCCAUGUCUAAGUCAACCUAUGCCAGUGCAUUGCAGUAACGGUAUUUCUUUUACUGUGACAGUUUAAGGAGGUUUAACUUUCUUACGGUACAGUCACGCGCAAACUGAAGGCAAAAUUAAAUUCGCUUAAAAAAAGGCUACACUUCGUUUUUUGAUGCAGCGGAUAUACGAAAAAAAAAGGUUCAUCAUCACUUCAAGAAGUUCAAACCGAUAGUUUCGCUUUUACGUCUGCUAACGUAAAUCGAUAACAAUCCCUAGUAAUGCAUGAAAAUCGGACUUCCCUCCUCAGUACGUACAGUAACCCGCAUUGUCGACUGGUCUCCAUUAGUUUAGUGUGAUCCGUGUAUACAAUAACAUGAUUGUUUAUAGUUCAGGUUUGAGUCAGGUUCAAAACAAACGGGUAGGGCUUUCGUAUUCUUAAUAUAUAUACAUGAAUUACUAUUAUAUUAGCAAAUCUUAAUAGGAGGUACCUUAAUUGCACGUUAGAAACUUCAAUUGCUGCGAUGCUAGACAAAUCAAUUGUAAGAAAUUAAAUCACACACUCGUACGUUCCUAUUUACUAAUGCAUUGGUGAACUAGAUUUAAAUAAUAACUCUAUUGGAGUGAAUAGAGAACAGUGGAGUCAUCAUUUUUCAAAACUCCCUCUUCAAGAGGAAUUGUCUAAUACAUUUAUGUUCGAUCGGGCACUUCCAGCUAUUUCCUUAACAGUCCAUUUAUUGGAGCUGUGGAUCUCCCUCCCAAACAGAAGUGACUCAGCUCUCAACUAAACUAAAGGUAACGAAGUCUGGAGCCCAAUAACAUGCACUAAAGCACUCCCUCAUCACUUUUUGCAGCUUCUAUCUUAGUACUUCUCGAAGGAAGGGAGCAUAAAUUAAUUCUUUUAAGUUAGGAGUGUUCAUUUAUUGUAUAAGUUAUUUGCUGGCUGCUGGCGCCCUUCUUCCGAUCUUCUUAUUCUCUCAUUUUUGAAUCCCUCUUCUUUGCAGAUGAUUUUUCUGGAAAAGAUUAUUUCUUUAGUUCGCCUCUCUGCUGACGCCAACAUAUGGUUGACAACCUUAAUGGGAAUCGUAAUCCUAUCUCUUCUGUCGUUUUGCAGGGCUUCAGAUUUGAAGGCAAUAUAUUUUUUCUCUGUUUUAUCUGACAUGCAGAGCACAUAUAUAGCGUGCUGCCCUCUUCCGAUCUUUAUCAUUUGUCUGGUCAAUACUUGUGCAAUAGAUAAGCUCGCCAUUGUUAUUGGCCUGCAAAGCCGGGGUAAGGAGCCUUGCCUAGUUUCCGGGUGACCAUUAUUUUUGCCGUUUUCGUGCUCUGGUUCUCCUUAUCUUUGCUAACUCUAGGUCUAAUUUUUGUCUCUAUCUUUUCUUUCGCCAUAAAACCCCAAGCUAUAGCCAAUGCCACAAUCGUUUUGGUAGAAACAGUCCUGUAUACCCUCGCCACUCUCUCUCUCUUACUACCCUUUGUGCCGUCUCUCUACUUGGUUGUUUGUCCAACACACAGCACAUAACGUUACCGCUUCUGCUACCGACGCUACGAGGCGCGUCGUAUCUUUCAAAGAGCGUCUAAUUCUGGACAUAAAUUUGGCCAAGUUAAGUGAACCAUGCAGCGUCUUUUCUACUGCAUAUUGCAUAUGUUCUGCUCCUGUUUGCUUCGCAUCUAGAACUCCCAAGAGAGCUCUGUCACUGUGUGUAGACCAAGAUGGCUGCAAAUUAUGCAUCGAUUGAUAUGAUAUUCACCGAGAAAGCAGCGGACUUUCGUGCCGUAUCAACGUUCAUUCAUACUCACCCCGAGCUGGCAUUUGAAGAGCAUAAAUGUCAUGACUUUCUCGUUGAGAAGCUCAGAAAAAAUGGAUUCAACGUAAUCGCCCAUUACCUCAAGUGCGACACUGCAUUCAGAGCGACGUACGAGGGAACGCCAGGAGGACCAACUAUAUGCGUGAUGUGCGAAUAUGACGCUCUACCAGAUGUGGGCCACGCGUGUGGGCACAAUUUAAUCGCAGAAGCGGGAUACGCCGCUGGCAUAGGUAUCAAAGCCUUUCUUGAAAAUAAUCCUGACGUGAAAGGCAAGGUUGUCGUUUUGGGAACACCUGCGGAAGAGUCGAACGGUGGUAAGCAAAAACUUAUCGAUGGAGGGGCAUUCAAGGACAUCGACGUAGCCAUGAUGGUCCAUCCUUCCAACACCGCCAAUGAGGCGACUCCCCUAUUUAUCGGCGUUAAUGUCCUGUUAGCCGAGUUCUACGGCAAAGCUGCUCAUGCCGCCGGCUACCCGUGGGACGGCCGGAACGCCCUUGAUGGAGCUGUAAGCUGCUACAAUGCAUUGUCGAUGUUGCGGCAGCACUUGAAGCCUAACUGUAAAGUUCACGUAACUAUUAAGAGCGGUGGAACUGCGGCCAAUAUCGUUCCCGAUUACGCCUCGCUUAUUAUAAUGUAUCGGGCGCCAAGCAUCGCUGAGCUAGAGGAGCUGGCAGCACGAGUGGACGAUUGCGUAAAGGCUGGAGCUUUGGUCAGCGCCACUAAAUCAAAGGUUUCACCCCUGCACUGCACCUACCUUCCCCUCCAGAGCAACGAAACACUGGCACAACUCUACAAGCAGCAUUGUGAAAUGGACGGAAUGAAGUUCGACGGAGCCGAGAAAUUAGGAACAUUUGUGGCUUCCUCUGACGUGGGUAACGUUUCUUGGAUCGUACCUACCAUUCAACCUAUCUUCCGCAUCGACGCCAAGGGACCUAACCACUCUGUC